AUGCCCUUACCAAGGAAAUGGGCAACAUUCUUAUCGUGUUUAAUAGUUGGGAUUUUUAUCUGGGCAAUCGAGGAAUGUUUUGAGGUGCAGCCGGACCUGAUUUACUCUCCUGCGAUACAAUCGCCAAAUAUAUCGGAUUCGGAAGAUCAGGAAAUUCCUGUCCUGAUUAAACAUACUGACGGUGAUAGAGCAUGGAGGCCAACGAUGACUCCGAAGUACCGACCUGGAAGCAUUAAGCGUAUCGGAGAGGCAUAUACGAAAACCAUCAUCGUACCAAAGACCCAGGAAGACGAUGUGGAAUGGAUUUCCGAGGGUUUUAGAGACGAUCCAUACGUACGCUCUAUUAUCUACGUGGUAGAUGAUGUGACAGCAGAAUUUCAUACUCCAAGGAACAAAGGUCAUGAAGUGAUCGCCUACUUAAGCUACAUCAUCGAAAACUACAGCAAUCUGUCAGAUGUUAACAUCUUUUUACAUUCACAUCGAUUUUCCUGGCACAACAACGACUUACUAGAUUUUGAUACUGUUCAGAUGAUUACGCAUCUAUCAUCCGAACGAGUGCAGAGAGUUGGGUAUAUGAAUAUGCGUUGUCAUUGGAGCCCAGGAUGUCCUUCGUGGAUGCAUCCUGGCAAUAUAGAAGAAGACAUCAACAAACAGGAGGAGUCAAUCCUCGCAAGAUCCUGGACCGAGAUAUUUCCCCUUGACCCAAUCCCAAAAGUGUUAGCGCAGCCUUGCUGUGCACAAUUUGCCAUAUCCAAAGACAGGAUCACAAGUCUGCCAUUGGCUAGAUAUGUUUUCUUCCGAGAGUGGCUUCUCAGGACGUCUUUGUCGGAUUACAUCAGUGGCAGAGUGUGGGAGUACUUGUGGCAGUAUAUUUUCACCGGGCAACACGUCGUGUGUCCAGCGGAGCAUGUGUGCUACUGUGACGGUUAUGGAAUCUGCUUUGGUGGAGAGGAAGAAUACAGCAUAUUCGAUCGCCAGAUGAAGGAGAUGGGAGGAUUAGAGGAAGAACUGAAAGAAGUGCAAGAGAUGCAAGAACGCUUCGACGCGGCAUCGGAGGAGGAAAGGAGAGAGCUUCCAAAGCCAGAGACUGGACUCGAUAUGGAACUAGCUCAGAGAAUUCAGGGUCUGAGGACCUGGUGCGAAAACAGGAAGCUGGAAGCAAAAGCUCGUGGAGAUGUUGCGGUGAACCGGGCGAUUGAAGCCGGGACGGAGUGGAAACAGGACGAGAGGUUUUGA